UAAAUGUAAAAUAAAAAGAAAAGAAAAAUAAAACGAAUGCUGUGGGGGAAUUGUUGUUGUCGUUGUUGCUUCUGGUUUUAAUGGCGAUGGAAUCCAGAGGCAACGAGGUUGAAUCCACACUCAUUACAGAGAAAACCCGCGAAAAGUUAUUCGAUUUUCUUCGUCUCUCCUGCGAUCGAACAUCUCUAAUCUGUGGUGCAAGCUCCUGUUUUUAGUGACUGCGUGUGGGUUUGCAGCGGUUUGAAUAAUGGCGGACUCGGUCGAUGCCAUUUUGGAAUUUUUGCGAAACAAUAAAUUUACAAGGGCCGAGGCUGCCUUGCGUGGGGAGCUCAGUAAUCGCCCAGAUUUGAAUGGUUCGCUUCAGAAACCCAUCUUGGAGGAAAAGGACUCUGGAGAUGUUUUGGAAGGAGAGAAGAAGGACAAAGCGGAUGUGAAACACCAAGGAACAGGUUCCCGGAACAGUAUUGAACUUUCUAAAGAACUUAUUGUAAAAGAGAUUGAAUGUGGAACUAGAAAUGGGUCUGAGAACAAAUGGAGAAGUACUGCUUCUGUUGGAGAACGGAAUAAACCUAAUGAAUCUGCUGGGACAAGUAACAGGGGUUUCUCUUUCGUGCGAACUUCUGAAGACACUUCAACAGAUCUGUACCCUUGGAAAUUUAAUUCCAGCAAUGGUCCUUCCGAUCCAUUUGAGAAGGAUGGUGAUGUUACUAUGGGUAAGUUUUCUGAACUUCAAAUAUCUGAACAACUCAAGUAUCACCCACAAGUUUCUGAUAAGGGGACUUCAGUUAUUGGAAUAGUGAAAUCUGGAGAUAGCUAUGGAGCCGAGUUGGAUUUGCCAGGAGAACAAAGGACAUUGUGGGUUGGAAGUACAAGUAAAGCCAAUGCUGAAGUCAAAUAUGAUAGGAAUCAGACAAGUGAUCACAAAGAAAUUGAUCUGCAGUCUAGACCUGUUAGUAUGUACCCUAGAUAUAAUUUGGAGAAUAGCCUAUGGUCAAAUAGUGAGGAACCCCCAAAAUCUUCUUCAGAUUCUUGGAAGGAAUGCUCUAUCAAAACUGUUUUUCCAUUCUCCAAGGGUGAUGCAUCAACAAAUUAUGAUAUUAGUCUUCCUUCUGGUGAUAAUAAGAAGGAAGGAAAGAGGAAAAUAGAGUCCAUUGAUAUCAGGGCAGCAUUGAAGGAACAAGUGGAUGGGGUAGGAAGAUCUUUAUUUUUUGGUAAAGCUCAAGGAAGUCCAGACCAACUGAACAUUUCUAGCAUAGAAUUGCCACUUGUAGCACAGAACCAUAAGGAGGAGUUACCAAGGUUGCCACCUGUUAAACUCAAGUCAGAGGACAAGCCCAUGAACAUUCACUGGGACGAAAAGUUUGAUCGACAUGAACCAGGAGCAAAGCUCACCAAUCCAGACAAGACAUUUUCAAUAGGAUCAUUUCUGGAUGUUCCUGUUGGACAAGAAAUCAAUUCUUCAGUGAUGGUAACAGGUGGAAAGAGGACUCUGGGAAGUAGUCGGCUAUCUGUAAGUCAGGGCAUUGCAGAAGAUACUUCUGAUAUAAUUUCAGGUUUCGCAACUGUUGGGGACGUAGUGAGUGAAUCUGUUGACUAUCCAAAUGAGUAUUGGGACUCUGAUGAGUAUGAUGAUGAUGAUGAUGUGGGAUACAUGAGGCAACCGAUUGAAGAUGAGGCGUGGUUUCUGGCUCAUGAAAUUGAUUAUCCAAGCGACAAUGAAAAAGGAACGGGGCAUGUAGUUGUUCCAGACCAGCGGGAAAGGGGUCCAACAAAAGAUGAUGAUGACCAAUCUUUUGCUGAAGAGGACUCUUAUAUCUCUGGAGAGCAGUAUUUUCAGGCAAAAAAUAUUGAACAGGUUACUGCUCCAGAUGAUCCUAUAGGGCUUACGAUAUCUGAAGUUUAUGGGAGGAAUGAUGAAAGUGAUUUAAUUGCCCAGUAUGAUGGGCAAUUGAUGGAUGAAGAAGAAUUAAAUCUAAUGCGUUCAGAACCUGUAUGGCAGGGCUUUGUCACUCAGACAAAUGAACUCAUCAUGUUGGGGAAUGGGAGAGUUUUGAAUGAGUGUGAAAGACCGCGGCCAGAUGAUCUCUGUAUGGAUGAUGACCAGCAUGGUUCUGUUAGAUCAAUUGGUGUGGGGAUUAACAGUGAUGCUGCUGAUAUUGGCAGUGAAGUACGGGAAAGUUUAGUUGGAGGAAGCAGUGAAGGGGACUUGGAAUACUUCCAUGAUCAUGAUGUUGGUAUUGGUGUGUCCAGGCAUUCUCAACAUGACAGAGAUAAAAGAUAUGUUGAUGGAUCAAACAGGGAGAAGAGAAGGGCAAGUAAGCAGGAUUCUGAUAAAUACAUUACGAGGAAUGACAAGGGUGCUUGUACAACUGUACCAAAUUACACUGACAGUGGAUUUUCUUUCCCACCCCCUUUGAGAGAUGGGGACUUGCUGCAGGGAAAUUCUAGUAAAUCUUUGUGGUCUACCAAGGGCAAUGCUGUGACUGGUGAUGAAGUUGAUGAUUAUGGGAAUGCUUUGAUGGGGCCUGAUGACAUGCUUGCCUCGUGGAGGAGGAAGAGCAAUGAUUCUUCACCAGGAAAGAGUUCCCGGGAUGAAAAUAAUGCUAAUGCCAUAAUAUCAUCAAACUCAACUGCUUCAACAAUCUCAAACUAUGGCUAUACUGAAGAGGAGCAUAUCAAGAAAAGGGAGGAUGACAAAGUCAGCGAUGCGAGAGAAGAAGAAACUGGGACAACACUAGAGGAUGAAGAAGCAGCAGCUGUGCAGGAGCAAGUGAGACAGAUAAAAGCUCAGGAGGAGGCGUUUGAAACCUUUAAUCUCAAGAUUGUGCAUAGGAAAAACAGGACGGGCUUUGAAGAGGAUAAAAAUUUCCAUGUUGUUCUAAACUCAGUGAUUGCUGGACGUUAUCAUGUUACUGAAUACCUUGGAUCAGCUGCAUUUAGCAAAGCUAUUCAAGCACAUGAUUUGCAUACAGGCAUGGAUGUCUGUGUGAAAAUUAUCAAGAACAACAAGGAUUUUUUUGAUCAGAGUCUUGAUGAAAUAAAGCUUCUCAAAUAUGUCAACAAGCAUGAUCCAUCUGACAAAUACCAUAUUCUACGCUUGUAUGAUUAUUUCUACUAUCGAGAGCAUUUGUUGAUUGUGUGUGAACUACUCAAGGCAAAUUUAUAUGAAUUUCACAAAUUCAAUCGAGAAUCAGGGGGAGAGGUUUACUUCACAAUGCCAAGGUUGCAGUCGAUAACCAUUCAGUGUUUGGAAGCAUUGCAGUUUUUGCAUGGGCUUGGUCUUAUUCAUUGUGAUUUGAAGCCAGAGAACAUUUUGGUAAAGAGCUACAGUAGGUGUGAGGUGAAAGUUAUUGACCUUGGGAGUAGUUGUUUUGAAACAGAUCAUCUUUGCUCAUAUGUCCAGUCUAGAUCCUAUCGGGCACCAGAAGUUAUUCUGGGACUUCCAUAUGAUAAAAAGAUUGAUAUAUGGUCACUUGGCUGCAUCUUGGCUGAACUUUGUACUGGAAAUGUUCUCUUCCAAAAUGAUUCACCUGCAACUUUGCUUGCACGUGUUAUUGGAAUCAUAGGCCCUAUUGACCAAAGCAUGCUGGCUAAGGGACGGGACACAUACAAAUAUUUCACCAAAAACCAUAUGCUUUAUGAACGGAAUCAGGAAACUAACAGACUGGAAUAUCUCAUCCCUAAAAAGACAUCUCUACGGCAUCGGUUGCCAAUGGGGGACCAAGGCUUCAUUGAUUUUGUAGCCCAUCUCCUUGAAAUAAAUCCAAAGAAGCGCCCAUCAGCAUCAGAAGCUCUGAAGCACCCGUGGCUCUCCUAUCCAUAUGAACCCAUCUCUUCUUAACCAUGGAAAGCAAUCCUUGAUGGAAGAGGUGAUAUGUUACGGGCAACCCUCAAGCUUGGGUUCUGGCCUUGAUCAAAAGGGAAGAAGCCCGCUCAAUUCAGAAGCAACCAGACAGUACUGGAGGCAACUAAAUGUGUGCUUCACCCUGGAUUGGCUGUGCAGGUCUUGCAAUUCACACGUGUGGCUGGUGCAUUGAAAGGUGUUGUUUGGCUUGUUGACGGACUCUCUCCCACAUUAUCGAGUUGUAUCCUAACUUGUCUGUAACUUAGAAUGUAAUUUUUGCCUGCACCACUAUUUCUAGGCUUUUUUGCUUGCUUGCUCUAGUGGGAAGGGAUCUUCAUCCUGUUGUAUAUGAUGUGAUUAUUCUUUGAAGGGUUCUUUUGGUUAUGGUUAAUGGUUUUAUGCUAAUAGCUGUUUAUUCAAGUUGGUUGGCGUUUAACAAAGGAUUGGCAGUGUCUUGUGGGAGUUUGGGAGUGGGCCCAGGAAGUACGGUCACAUUUUUACAUAUACACUGUUGAAUCAUGAAUGUAUUAUAAACAGAACCUUGUAGUCA